AUGUGCCACACUCACUACAGGACCUGGGAUUAAGAAGAGGACUCCCAACCCAUAAAAUGACAGAUCAGGUAAAGUCACCAGGACCUUAGUUUUCGCUAUCCUCACUGCUGUGCUUAGUUCCUUCAAGUUUGGAUAUGACAUUGGUGUGAUCAAUGCCCCUCAACAGGUAAUAAUAUCCCAUUAUAGACAUGUUUUGGGUGUUCCACUGGAUGACCAAAACGCUAUCGACAACUAUGCUAGUACACAAGAACUGCCCACAGCCCCAUACCUAAGGAAUCCAACACUAAUCCCUGAGGCUGAGGAAGAGACUACGGCAUCUGCUGGCCUCGUCACCAUGUUCUGGUCCCUGUCUGUGUCCAGCUUUGCAAUUGGUGGAAUGAUCGCAUCAUUCUUUGGUGGGUGGCUUGGGGACCAGCUUGGAAGAAUCAAAGCCCUGUCGGUAGCAAACAUUCUCUCAUUAACUGGAGCUCUCUUGAUGGGGUGUUCAAAAUUGGGACCAUCUCACAUUCUUAUAAUUGCAGGAAGAAGCAUAUCAGGACUCUAUUGUGGGAUAAUUUCAGGAUUGAUUCCAAUAUACAUUGGUGAAAUUGCUCCAACCGCACUCAGGGGUGCUAUUGGCACUCUUCACCAGCUGGCCAUUGUCACAGGCAUUCUUGUUAGUCAGAUUGUUGGCCUUGACUUUAUCCUGGGCAAUCAGGAGCUGUGGCACAUCCUGCUUGGUCUGUCCGCUGUGCCAACUGUCCUUCAGUCUCUGAUGCUCUUCUUCUGUCCCGAAAGCCCCAGAUACCUUUACAUCAAGUUAGAUGAGGAAGAAAAAGCAAAGCAAAGCUUGAAAAGACUCAGAGGAGGUGCUGAUAUCACCAAAGACAUCACUGAGAUGAGAAACGAAAGAGAAGAAGCAAGAAGAGAACAGAAAGUCUCCAUAAUUCAGCUCUUCACCAACUCCAGCUACCGACAGCCUAUUCUAGUGUCAUUAUUGCUGCAUCUGACUCAGCAGUUUUCUGGAAUCAAUGGGAUCUUUUACUAUUCAACCAGCAUUUUUCAGACAGCUGGAGUCAGCCAACCGGUUUAUGCAACCAUUGGAGUUGGUGCCAUCAACACAGUUUUCACUGCUAUCUCUGUAUUCCUUGUGGAGAAGGCAGGGCGACGCUCUCUGUUUCUAAUCGGAAUGAGUGGGAUGAUUUUCUGUGCCAUCUUCAUGUCCGUGGGACUUGUGCUACUGAAUAAAUUAUCUUGGAUGAGUUACGUGAGCAUGAUAGCCGUCUUCCUCUUUGUCAGCUUCUUUGAAAUCGGGCCAGGUCCCAUUCCCUGGUUCAUGGUGGCUGAAUUUUUCAGUCAAGGAUCGCGUUCUGCUGCUAUGGCAGUAGCUGCAUUCACCAACUGGACCUGCAAUUUCCUUAUAGCUCUGUGUUUCCCAUACAUUGCGGACUUUUGUGGACCUUAUGUGUUUUUCAUCUUUGCUGGAGCAAUGUUUGUCUUUACGCUGUUCACAUUUUUCAAAGUUCCAGAAACCAAAGGAAAGUCCUUUGAGGAAAUCGCGGCAGAAUUUCGAAAGAAGAGUGGUUCAGCCCAAGCACCAAAAGCUGCUACAGAAAUGAAAUUCCUUAGAGCUACAGAGACUGUGUAAAGAUAACCUGCUUUUUGACAUGAAGAAAAAGGAAGGAAGCCAUGUGUUUUUAAAUGACGAUUCUUUGAGAAUUUUAUGUCUAUGUCUUAAAGUAUUUUUUUAUUUUUUAAAGAGCUUUUAUGGGCCCUGAUCGGAAAUGUCAUCAAAUUUUACCAAAGAGAGUAUUUUUUCUUAAGUUACAGAAUCUAUUUUUGAUGCUAAGACUCUGUAAUUAAGUAAACCAAAAAGUCUAGCUCCUUUCACUACACUA